CUGUUCCCUUCGAAACGAAUCGCUGGCGUCGCUGGAUACGAAUAGAUCAGGGAUCGAAGAAGAUGGCUUGGAUAUGGUUGGAAGCUGCCCUUCCCCUAGGAAUUAUAGCUGGAAUGCUUUGUGUUAUGGGCAACGCUCAGUAUUACAUUCACAGAGCCGCUCAUGGCCGACCGAAGCACAUUGGGAACGAUAUGUGGGAUGUUGCGAUGGAAAGAAGGGACAAGAAGCUCAUGGAGCUAUCCUCUUCUGCUUCUGCCAAUUAACCUGGUACUGGUUGUUCCGUCAAUGUGCUUGCGAAAGAAAUAAAUUACUCAUCUGAAGUUCCAGCUGUCCUGAGUUCUGACAAAGCAGGAUGGGUGACAAAAGUUACAUUUAUCAUCUCAUUUCUUGUAAUAUACCUAUUCUGUGAAUCACUUUUCCAAAUUUGAAUGUAUUAACACAGGCUUAUUCGGGCUUUUGUUCGGCUUUGAGAUAUUUGUUGCCUGUUACUGUUUGAUCAUCUUGUGCUCGAAUAUCCUUAUAUAAAUGUAGAGAUCAGCAAUUGAUUAAAUAACGAGGCGAGCAACCCUCCUGAGUCAUUUUCAA